GGAGCAGCGAGACGAGCGGCGGGCCAGAGAGGCCGGAAGUGAGUCCAGCCAGGGGUCGCGCUGGCCGCGUUGGCGGUGUGUCGCCUCUACUCCCUUUGUGGUAUUUUCUUGUAGGCCUCGGGAAAGACCGGGCCCCAGAUGGACCCUGGGAAGGACGAGGGAAGUCCGCCGCAGCCCUCAGGGCGGCCCACCAGGAAGAAGUUUGUUAUCUCACUGGAGGAAGACGAGGUCCCUCCUGCAGGGGCCAGGCCCUUAUUCAGAUCUUCACGGAACCCCACCACGGCAACCUCAGCCCAGGCGGCCCCUCAGUCAUAUGCUGAGUAUGCCAUUGCCCAGCCUCCAGGAGGGGCUGGGGCCACAGGGCCCACAGGCUCUGAACCUGUGAAGGGAGAGAACCCCAGCCAGACCCUGAAAACGGGAGCAAAAUCCAGUAGCAUCCUCGUGAGCCCCCGGCAGAGGGGCAACCCUGUGUUGAAGUUCGUGCGCAAUGUGCCCUGGGAAUUCAGUGAGGUGACGCCCGACUAUGUGCUAGGCCAGAGCACCUGUGCCCUUUUCCUCAGCCUCCGCUACCACAACCUCCAUCCAGACUACAUCCAUGAACGACUGCAGAGCCUGGGGAAGAGCUUUGCCCUGCGUGUGCUGCUGGUCCAAGUGGAUGUGAAAGAUCCUCAGCAGGCCCUGAAGGAGCUGGCUAAGAUGUGCAUCUUAGCGGACUGUACCCUGAUCCUGGCCUGGAGCGCGGAGGAGGCAGGGCGGUACCUGGAGACCUACAAGGUUUACGAGCAGAAGCCCGCUGACCUUCUCAUGGAGAAGCUGGAGCAGAACUUCCUGUCCCGGCUCUGACUCCUAGGCUGCCCUUGGCAUCUACCAUCCCAUUCCCUCUGCUUGGAUCUGUUUCCCAGGCCAGCUCUGAUGCUGCCUCCUCCAGGAAGCCCUCCUUCAUCCUCAGCCUGGUAGCCAAGAGUGCCAGGCUGGAACCAUCCUGCAACAGCACCCAGUGGUCACUUGCAUGUUGUUUUGUAAACGAAUCGGUAACUUUCAGCGCUUAUGAGGGAUUCUGCAUUUGUCUUUCUGGGUGUGCUCCUGGGAAGUGGCCCAGCCACAGGGCCCACUAGCAGCAAGGGGCUGCGUCCAUAGCUGCACCCACUCUUCCUACACUGGCUCCACAUCGAGUGUAACCCUGGGGAAGGGUUAUCCCUAGGGAAGCAGAGGGAGAAGAGACUUAGCUGACGAGGAGCUGGUGUCACCCGGCCCUGCCUGCCCAGCCCUGUUAAAAGCCAGCAGUCCAGGCCACGCCUUUAACCCCAGCACUAGAGAGGCAGAAGCAGGUGGAUC